UUUUUGAAGAAGCAGGAUGAUGAUCUAGACGUGGAAAAAGUAAGACCAGUCCUGCUGCUGUAUUAGAAGACAUGUGGUGUAUAUAAAGUUUGUGAUAGUUGGUGGAAAUUUUGGAAUUUAGAUAAUGGGCUGUGUGCAAUGUAAGGAUAAAGAAGCAACAAAACUGACAGAGGAGAGGGAUGGCAGCCUGAACCAGAGCUCCGGGUACCGCUAUGGCACAGACCCCACUCCUCAGCCCUACCCCAGCUUCGGUGUGACCUCCAUCCCAAACUACAACAACUUCCAUGCAGCCGGGGGCCAAGGACUCACUGUCUUUGGGGGUGUGAACUCUUCCUCUCACACUGGGACCUUGCGUACAAGAGGAGGAACAGGGGUGACACUGUUUGUGGCUCUUUAUGACUAUGAAGCUCGGACGGAAGAUGACCUAAGUUUUCACAAAGGAGAAAAAUUCCAAAUAUUGAACAGCUCGGAAGGAGAUUGGUGGGAGGCUCGCUCCUUGACAACUGGAGAGACAGGCUACAUUCCCAGCAAUUAUGUGGCUCCAGUUGACUCAAUCCAAGCAGAAGAAUGGUACUUUGGAAAACUUGGCCGCAAAGAUGCUGAAAGACAGCUUUUGUCCUUUGGGAACCCAAGAGGUACCUUUCUUAUCCGAGAGAGUGAAACCACCAAAGGUGCCUAUUCACUUUCCAUCCGUGACUGGGAUGAUAUGAAAGGAGACCAUGUCAAACAUUAUAAAAUUCGUAAACUUGACAAUGGUGGAUACUAUAUCACCACCCGGGCCCAGUUUGAAACACUUCAGCAGCUUGUACAGCAUUACUCAGAGAGAGCCGCAGGUCUCUGCUGCCGCCUAGUUGUUCCCUGCCACAAAGGGAUGCCAAGACUUACUGAUCUGUCUGUCAAAACCAAAGAUGUCUGGGAAAUCCCUCGAGAAUCCCUGCAGUUGAUCAAGAGACUGGGAAAUGGGCAGUUUGGGGAAGUAUGGAUGGGUACCUGGAACGGAAACACAAAAGUAGCCAUAAAGACUCUUAAGCCAGGCACGAUGUCCCCUGAAUCAUUCCUUGAGGAAGCACAGAUCAUGAAGAAGUUGAAGCAUGACAAGUUGGUGCAGCUCUAUGCGGUGGUGUCUGAGGAGCCCAUCUACAUUGUCACUGAGUAUAUGAAUAAAGGAAGUUUACUUGAUUUCUUAAAAGAUGGAGAAGGAAGAGCCCUGAAAUUACCAAAUCUUGUUGACAUGGCAGCACAGGUUGCUGCAGGAAUGGCUUACAUUGAGCGCAUGAAUUACAUCCACAGAGAUCUGCGGUCAGCAAACAUUUUGGUAGGGAAUGGACUAAUUUGCAAGAUUGCUGACUUUGGCCUGGCCCGGCUGAUUGAAGACAAUGAGUACACAGCAAGGCAAGGUGCAAAGUUCCCCAUUAAGUGGACAGCCCCUGAAGCAGCCCUGUAUGGGAGGUUCACAAUCAAGUCUGAUGUGUGGUCUUUUGGAAUCUUACUCACAGAGCUGGUCACCAAAGGAAGAGUGCCAUACCCAGGCAUGAACAACCGGGAAGUGCUGGAGCAGGUGGAGCGCGGCUAUAGGAUGCCUUGUCCACAGGACUGCCCCAUCUCUCUGCACGAGCUCAUGAUCCACUGCUGGAAAAAGGACCCUGAAGAACGUCCUACCUUUGAGUACUUGCAGGGCUUCCUGGAAGACUACUUUACCGCCACAGAGCCCCAGUAUCAGCCUGGUGAAAACCUGUGAGAGCUGGGUCUGCAGAGAGGCCUUGUCCAGAGGUCUCCCCACCCCUCCCCAUUAGCUUCCAAUUCUGUAGCCAGCUGCCCCAGGCAGCGAGAACCGUCCAGGAUCAGAUUGCAUGUGACUCUGAAGCUGACGAACUUCCAUGGCCCUCAUUAAUGACACUUGUCCCCCAAAUCCGAACCUCCUCUGUGAAGCAUACGAGACAGAACCUUGUUAUUUCUCAGACUUUGGAAAUGCAUUGUAUCGAUGUUAUGUAAAAGGCCAAACCUCUGUUGAGUGUAAAUAGUUACUCCAGUGCCAACGAUCCUGAUCCUCGUGCUUUCCUUUUUUUAAAAUGCAAAUCCUAUGUGAUUUUAACUCUGUCUUCACCUGAUUCAACUAAAAAAAAAAGUAUUAUUUUCCAAAAGUGGCCUCUUUGUCUAAAACAAUAAAAUUUUUUUUCAUGUUUUAACAAAAACCAAUCAA